AAAACCGCGUAUCCGGAUAAAGACUAUCAAAUCAAGUCGUCCCUGAUGCAUUUCGUUACUGCGGCGGCCGCGGCUGUGGCUGCCUUAAGCAUCAGCUCGUCUCUAGUGGCAGCCUCUUCGCAACACGUCAGAUCCGAAGCCGAGGUCCCUUCCAUUCGUUCCUAUUUUUAUGUCGGCGGCGAAUAUGUUGAUGAUGGAAAUGGGGGUCACAUCUUUCGCGAUCAGAUGUACGUUGAGAAACUGUUGCCAGUUAGUGGUGCAACCCAAGACACACCAAUUGUCCUCAUCCAUGGUCAAGCUCAGACAGGCAGUAAUUUCUUGAACAAGCCAGACGGCGGCCGCGGCUGGGCUUCUCAGUUCAUCAGUCAAGGCUAUGAAGUAUACAUCGUCGACCAAACUUUCCGCGGUCGUUCGGCGUGGAUGCCUUCAUACGGGGCUAAGCAACCUUUAACCCUCCCAGCUGAGACGAUCGAAAAGGCAUUCACCGCCACGCACAAGUUCAAUAUUUGGCCCCAGGCUGUGAACCACACUCAAUGGCCCGGCACGGGUCUCCGAGGGGAUCCUAUCUUUGAUGCCUUUUAUAGUGCAAACGUACAAUUUAUCGGCAACACUACGUAUCAGCAGGCUGCUGUUCAAGCCGCAGGUGCGGCUUUGCUGGACAAAAUCGGCCGGCCUGUCGUCCUCUUAGGUCAUAGUCAAGGCAGUUUUAUGCCUAUUCUCAUUGCCGACGCCCGACCUACACUAGCCAAAGCCCUAAUUCUGCUUGAAGCAGGUGGGCCGCCGUUCGUCGAUGAAAUCUUUGUCUUCGGGGGCGAGAAUCCUCGGCAAUGGGGUUUGACGGACAUUCCUCUCACGUACGAACCAGCCGUAACCGAUCCCACCGUCGAUAUCGUCAAGACGCGCGUUGCUUCAAAGGGAGAUGGCUAUAGCGACUGUACGCUGCAAGCUGCUGACCCCCAACCCCGUCAGUUGGUAAAUCUAUUGGAAAAGCCCAUUCUUAUGGUCACGGGAGAAGCGUCCUAUCACAUGCCUUACGAUUAUUGUACAGCCAAUUACCUCAAGCAGGCUGGUUGCUCCAAGACUGAGCAUGUAGAACUCGGAGAUGUUGGAAUUCAUGGGAAUGGGCACAUGAUGUUCAUGGAGAAGAACAGUGAUGAGAUCCAGGCUUUUAUUGAACGCUGGAUUCAGUCGAGACUUAGCCUAUACACCAUGGACCUUCCCAAGACGGCCUAG